AUGCGAGCAAGCGCUGUUGGGGUAAGAAUAGUGCUCCCUGGAACUUUCCCUGGUGGUGACCGCGACAUGAAGAAGAGACAUAUGGAUGCCAUGGCAAUUGUCCAUACAUACGGGAAGCCUGACAUCUUCUUGACCAUGACUUGCAACCCUAAAUGGGAAGAGAUAACGAAUGAGUUGCUUCCUGGUCAGAUGUCGCAAGAUCGUCCUGAUAUUGUGGCCCCCGUGUUCUACGGCAAACUAGAGGCUAUGAAAGACAUGUUGCUCAAGAAGAUGGUCCUGGGUGUUGUUGUUGCUUAUGUGUAUGUAGUCGAGUUCCAAAAGAGGGGCCUCCCACACGCACAUUUUUUGUUGAUCAUGGAUUCAACAUACAAGCUUCUCGUCCCGGAGCAGUAUGACCGACUCAUUUCCGCAGAGCUCCCAGACAAGCAGAAGUAUCCGGAAUUGUAUGCAAUGGUGGUUAAACAUAUGAUGCACGGACCAUGCAGUGCUCUCAACCCGAAGAAUGUUUGCAUGCAAGACAAUGAAUGCAAGUGCAGAUACCCUCGGCCAUUCAAUGAGAACAUAGUACAAGGCAAGGACUCAUACCCAGUUUAUCGGCGUAGAGACGAUGGAAGACGUGCUAAGUUCCGAGGGAAAAUGUUGGACAACCGAUGGGUUGUGCCAUAUAACCCUUAUCUUCUGCGGAUGUUUAAUUGCCACAUCAACGUUGAGGUCUGCUCUAGCAUAAAGGCCGUCAAAUACAUUUAUAAGGGCCAUGAUAAGGCUUCUUUCAGCAUCGACCAGCCAGACGCUCAUGGUAACAUUGAUGAGAUCAAGAGAUACGUUGACGCAAGACGGGUCACCCCUCCGGAGGCUAUGUGGAGGAUAUUUGGCUUCCUACUAUGCGCCAAUUACCCGCCUGUCUUGCAGUUGGCUCUUCAUCUCCCGAAUAUGCACAGGGUUGCAUUCAAUGCACAGGCUGACUUGAAGAAUGUUGUCUCCUCCGAAAAUGCUUCAAAAUCCAUGUUAACUGAGUAUUUCAAGGCUAACAAAAAAAACACCCUUGGGCAAGGUCAUAUCGUGUCUGUCAAUCCUGCCGAGGGGGAGCGAUACUACCUGCGUGUGUUGUUGAACCAUGUUACGGGCAAAACGGGCUUUGAGGACUUGCUCACCGUGGACGGCGUGGUAUGUGGGAGAUUUAGAGAGGCUGCUGAAAGGUUGGGACUCAUCGAGGCUGACAACACGCUCGACGACUAUCUUACUGAGGCGGAGCAGUGGGCGAUGCCAUGUUCUCUUAGGAGGCUCUUCGCAACCAUCUUGGUGCACUGCGAGCCAGGCGACGUGCGCGGUUUAUGGGAUAGGCACCUCGAGCCUAUGCCCAAUGACUACCGUCGAACACGCACGUCCCCGAACGAGGUGGAGCAGAUGGUGUUGCUUGACAUUAGGGGUAUGUUGCAGUCCAUGGGUAAAUACAUUAUUGAUUUCGCUCUUCCAACCAUCGAUGAUGCGUUUGACCCAACCAAGGGCGAGGCCAGAGAGAUCAUCGAGGAAUCAACUGUUGAGUUUUAUGAAAGUGACACUAAAUUGUCAUCUUCCUUGAAUUUGGAGCAAAGGGCCGCAUACGACGAGAUACUAUCGGCUGUUGAACGCGGUGAUGGGGGUGUAUUCUUUCUAGAUGGCCCUGGAGGUACAGGGAAGACCUUCCUCUACAGGGCGAUGCUCGCCAAGGUGAGGGGCGAGGGCAAGAUUGCUAUCGCUACCGCAACGUUGGGCGUCGCUGCUUCUAUCAUGCCUGGAGGUAGGACUGCCCACUCAAGGUUCAAAAUCCCACCGAGUUGCGAUGAUGGAGCCUCGUGCAGCUUCACCAAGCAGAGUGGGACCGCCAAGCUGCUAAGGAUGGCCUCAUUGAUACUAUGGGACGAGGCCAGCAUGACUAAGCGACAAGCUGUUGAGGCAUUGGACAAUAGCAUGCGCGACAUCAUGGGAAUACGUGACUGA